AUGCAGGCGCUAAUUGAAGCUUGCGAUUCGUCACAGGUCGCCGUUUCAGGGCGACGCGAAGAUGAAGGCGGAUUCUGCGCGAGGGUGUUUUUGGCAAUUACUGGGUAUUGGUGCUGCGAGGAUGUUCGGAGGUCGACGACGUCGAUGGCAAAGUUGGUGAUCGAAACAGGAUGCCCCUCGCCCGCCGGCGCGGUACUCGCUGUUCCCCUUUGCUGCCCACGGCCGGGAAUUGCACCGCGAUAUUCUCAUGGUGUGGGAUCGGUGGAUUGGGGGCAUUUCAGAUUCCGGCAUGGUCCUGGAUGGAGGAGUAGGAGUGUGUCACGUGUUCAAUGGAGGGGGAAAGUGAAUGGUAGGAAGCGAGUAUGUGGUUGUGAGUGGGUGAGAGCGAGAUUGUUGGGAACGAGUGAUGUCAGGUGGGUUGUGUGGGCAAGAGGGGCUGCGGUGAUCAAUGGAAGGAGGCGUGAUGGUUUGGGUGAGGGAGGCAAUGUGGGUGUGUGUGACUGGGUGUGGGCAAGAGGCUGCGGUGAUCAAUGGGCGGAGGCGAGAGAGGGGAUGAGAUGGAGGCAAGUGCGUUGUAUGGGUGUGGGCGCGUGGGUGUGGGCGCGUGGGUGUGGGCGCGUGGGUACUCGGUGGUCAAUGGCUGGAGGCGCGCAAGGCGUGCGUUGGCGAGCGCGGGCGGGGCGGCGGGCGGGCGCGGCGAGGCGAGGGCGGCUGGAGCGGCCGCAUUCCUGA